AGGAGCAUAAGUGACAAGAGCUAUUAUAACGCCACGCAACGCAACAACGCAGGACAGACAGCACUCUGCUCCAGAUGGGAGCUUCCUGUGCCAGGCAGGAAAUGGCACUGAGCUCCCUCGCCAUCAUAUUUCAUUUUAGCAGAGUACAGAGACGAUCAUCACUUCAUCUUCACCACAUCCGUCCCCCAACGGGUGGUGGGUCCCCCGGCUGCAGGGGCUUUCCGAGAGCGCCCUCCCAAACCAACCACCUUUCGCAAGUUCUACGAGCGCGGGGAGUUCCCGAUGGCACUGGAGCAUGACACCAAAGGCAACCGCAUUGCAUGGAAGGUGGAGAUUGAGAAGCUGGACUACCACCACUACCUGCCUCUGUUCUUUGACGGCUUAUGUGAGACGGUGCAUCCCUACGAGUUCUUCGCCCGCCAGGGGGUCCAUGACAUGCUGGAGCACGGAGGCACCAAGAUCCAGCCCGUCAUCCCCCAGCUCAUCAUCCCCAUAAAGAAUGCUCUGAACACGAGGAACCGACAGGUGAUCUGCACCACCCUGAAAGGCCUGCAGCAUCUGGUGAUGUCCGGAGGCAUGGUGGGGGAGGCUCUGGUGCCGUACUACAGACAGAUCCUGCCCAUUCUCAACAUCUUCAAGAACAUGAACAUCAACUCUGGAGAUGGCAUCGACUACAGCCAGCAGAAGAGGCAGAACAUCGGGGAUCUGAUCCAGGAGACUCUGGAGGUGUUCGAGCGCUACGGAGGAGAAGACGCUUUCAUCAACAUCAAAUACAUGGUGCCCACAUACGAGUCCUGCAUGAUCUGCUGAGCGGGGAGAGGGGAGUGUCCCUGACGUUAAACAGACUCUUGACUUUACCUGUUUCUCAGUUGUUUUUAUCUGCCCCAAGCGCUAAAAUUAAACCUUUAUCUUAUCACUUUCUUUAUCGUAGCCCUUUCAUAAUCUCGUCGUCUCUUCACUCAUUCUCUUUUUGUUUCCGAGCUGAUCUUUACUCUGCCGCGCUCAAACCUCUCUACCCCCUCUAUUAUUUAGCAUAUCCUUUCAAUAAAUUCAGUACAAGUCACA